GGGGUUUGGAGGGUUGCCAACUAAAUUCUAAUGCGACGCGGAAAGAGGCAACGGCGCUAAGAACCGAAGGGAAAAAAACACAUGGACGCUCAACCCUCCUGCCGGAACAUCCUUGCGCACGCCCAGACCAUUAUUACUACUACUUACUGAAUUGUGGAGCCAGAUAAUUCAGCUUCUCUCUAUAUACAUAUAUAGGAUCAUCCACCUAGGUGCCUAGCUCUGGGCCAAGGGCUCCUAUGGGGACAGCCUAGCAACGAUAUUCUUUAUAAACUCCCGACCCGGGUCACUUCCCCCCCCCCCAUUCUAUGGUGCUCCUUACCCCUGUACAGACGGGAGCACUAAACAACCACCGUCACAGCAACGACAUGAUGCGAAUGCACCGGUUCUGAAACAAUCUUAAGUUGCAAGACAUACGAUGGACAGGCCAUCCUUUCGUAGAGAACGCCGCUCUUAUGGAGCCACAGGCUGGCGAGGUACAGGCAGGUCCUUACCAUAUGAUCUGUCUCCUAGGCAAGUCACAUUCGUGGCAACGCCGGGCCUCCCAACUAACUGGUACCCCAGGCAUUCCAUAAGCCGUCUGCACUUGGACGAGUCGUCAUCUGAAGUGCCGACGGCCAAUCGCAUGUGCUCCUCAGCCAGCCUGUCACUCUCCACCGGGAGAAUCCCGGAUGACUGUACUGUGGAUACCUCCAGUAGUCAUGGAGCCCGAGUGUCGAAAGCAUCUUCACGCACGAAAUUAGCUCGUGCAGAGAGAUAUCAUCGCAGAGACAGCUCAAGAACAUUAAGAGAGCGGGAUCGAAGGGGAUCUACAUCCGCCUCGAACCAGCCUGCUAGCUUUGAAGAUACCAGUGCUGGGGUCCUGUCGAAAGAAUUGCCCACAGAAGAAUCGGAACUGACUCGAGAUUCUGAUUAUCAAACAUUAGAUGAGAUUGCGCGAGCGGGACUGCAGGGAUCCCAUUCAAACCCUGUGGUUUGUGAGACCUCGGUUGCUAAGAAAGGGGAUGGCGGUAGCGGCGGUCGUGCUGGGUAUGAAGAUGAGGAAAGGGCCGGAGAUAGGGACGAUGAUAUAAUGGAUAUCGAUGUGCCUCCACCUGAACACAGUUCAGGCAAUGAAUCCAAUCAUGAGCCCCCCGUUGACCAAUAUUCAUGUGAUACCUCCAGGGGGCCGUCGUCCGAGUCUCAGGACUCGGACACACCACCGAUGUUUAAGCAGUUUGAUACCAACGCGAUCACGGAAGAUCAAUUGAUCAACGAGGUGCGCAAUAUAUACGCCGGUCUGGUCAUGGUGGAAAAAAAGUGUAUUGAGGUCGACAAGCAACAAACAGAGUCCAAAGACGAAUUGUCAGGCACUCAAUACCAGGCACUGAUAUCUCUGCAUCGAACAUUACUUUAUGAACAUCACGACUUUUUUCUUGCAUCUCAACAUCCCUCUGCAAGUUCCGUGUUGAGGCUUCUUGCCGAGAAAUAUGCUAUGCCAGCGCGAAUGUGGAGAUACGGCAUUCAUUCGUUCUUGGAGCUGCUUCGACAAAAGCUGCCGGGCUCGUUGGAUUAUAUGCUGAACUUUAUCUACCUCGCGUAUUCAAUGAUGACAUUACUACUCGAAAGCGUCCCGGCAUUUCACGAGACCUGGAUUGAGUGUCUCGGAGACCUAGCACGAUAUCGCAUGGCCGUGGAAGAGUCUGAUAUGAGAGACCGGGAGGUCUGGGCUGGAGUCUCGCGAUAUUGGUACAAUCAAGACGCUCACCACAGCCCCGAAGUGGGCCGUAUCCAGCAUCACCUUGCAGUUUUAGCUCGUCCAGACGUGCUUCAGCAGCUGUUCCACUACACCAAGGCGCUAGUGAGUGUACGUCCUUUUCAUAAUGCGCGUGAGAGUGUGGUCCUCCUCUUCAGUCCGUAUAAUGGACAACACCAAGCCUUGAAUCAACAUACGAUGGUCACUGCGUUCAUUGCUACUCAUAGUGCUCUGUUCAACGAAUGGCCAGCUGACCAGUUUAUUACCUUGGCAAACCGCUUCUUGGUACUCCUGCGAGAAGAAGCUCGUCACCUGGGUCGUCAGGGUCAAACGGGAGUUUAUAUCAUGUCGUGUAAUUUCGCGUCUAUUUUUCAAUAUGGCGACUCUGAGGCUUUCAUGGCGCUGAAAUUUUCGCAGAAAAGUUAUGAAUCGGCAGCGGAAGCCUACGAAUCUGCAAUUAAUUGGACGUCAGGCUUGGACUUUAUCCCGGAAGCCAAGAGCAAGGAGGGUGGCGAGCCAACAGAUACUAGCGUCCAUCUUCCUCCAAUGGCCUUCCAAGGCACUGCUCUUGCCUUUCACACCCUCUCCGUUCUUCUCAACUACCUAGACGAUCCGAUUAUAUACCCCAGCGCACACAUCGCAUUUUCCUUCAUCUGGAGCCUAGCUCUACAUCCGCUCGCCAUGCAGGAAGUGGACAAAUUCAUUCCUUGGGUCAACAUCACGAGGUUCCUCAACAACCUCAUUGAUUCCGAUAUUGACUCCGUUGAAUUCGACAAGAUCGAAGAAGACACUUUCCCAAUGGGCGACGACGAAACCACACGACAAUUACCGGAGGAUUUUCACAUUCGCGGUCAAUCCUGGAGCACACUCUACUUUCCCGACGGAUUUUUCGAAGGAGCCCCUUCGGAGGACGACAGGCCUGUGAUUGAACCAGCUUCCACUGCCAUCCCUCGCAAGCACAGAUGCCUCUGGUUGGGCGUGCGAAUAGCAACGUUUGGUCGUUGGAUGAUAUACAACAAUCGCAGGUUCGACACAACCCCGCGCGCACUUAUGACUGCGGCGGUUGCGGAGACCUGUGGAGGCCUGAAUAGCAGUGUACCUGGACCUGGACCUUCUUUUGGAUAACACGACAUACGAGGCGCCUCAAGGUACAAUGACCCUCAACAGUCACUAUACGGCAGCCUCAGAACCGGGGAAGAAACGCGGGAUUUCUUCCCCAUGGAUCGCGGACUGGGCUAUUCGGAAACUGGUCGUAUUGGGUACAUCUCGGAGCAACGGAUUUUUCUUUCACCUUUCCUUAUAGAAAAGAUACAACCCUUGGAUAGAAUUUUAGUUCGGACGUGACUUACGACAGUUGAGACAAAACAGUGUCUAUCUUCGCCCGAAUGGAACGUGGACCAUGGAAGACCUCGCCCCGAGGUUUGGAGCCAAAUCCCACUGAAUCAUCCUGCGGAUUCGGUUCUGCCUAGAACCAGGACAUGACUUUGUGCAUUGUUUUUUUGAGUCCGUGACCCUUCCACUAGGAGCUUGCCGUGGAUACCAACCUGUUUGGAUGGAUGCCGUUCGAAGUUCGCGUUCCCGGCACACACACUCUGCCUGGAGCCGGAGCUGGCCAAAAGUUCAAUAUUGUGGUUUCCAUCGUGCUUGUCUCCCUGCCAGGACUGUAUAUGACCACGGGUUCAUCUGAAGUUUUCCGGGUCUGUGGCACGAUUGGAAGGCGUUUUGCACCCGCAAGAUGUCAUUCGGACCAUGGAUCUGCCGGGUUGGAGCAGCCAUUGCUCUGCUAUUAUAGGUACAUGGAUAUAGGGAAGAGCAGCAGCAGGCUCUUAUGACUCUUUUUUGUGGAAAGCAAGAGAUAUCUUUUGGUGAUGGUGAAUGCAAUAGAGAGAGAAGCCCGUGUACAUGUUCUCAUUUCCUUUAUCGUCUUUGGUUAUUCGCAAUGUCCGGCUCCCCUUGGAAGGAAGUGUUGUUCUCUAUCACCUAACCUGCUGCACUAGGACAUGAUUCUUAUACACGGCAUGACUACUUGAAGCACUUACAAGGUCGUUGCAUGAUCUUGAAUUAUGAAGUCGCUCCGUGAGCCGAUCUUAUGCUUCGUAUGGUAGGCCUCUUCUAUACCCG